AUGUUUAUUAUUGGAUUUCUUUGUGGUAUAAUUUUUACAACAUCUAUUUUAUUGUAUAUAUUUUUCCAAUUAUUAUCUAAAAAAGUAGAUCCAAAAGAUAAACCAACUUCAAGAGAAAAACAAAAGAUUAAUAAUUCAAGCAAUAGCAGCACUUCACCCAUUAUCACCGAUGUCACCACACAAAAAAUUCAAGAAAUUUUAGAAUUGGGCGAUAUCAGACCAACUUCAAUCGAAACUUGUAAAUGGAUCAAUUUUAUCACUGCUCGUAUUUUAUCAGAUAUUAAUAAUUCAUCACAAUUUUCUCAAAAGAUAUAUUCAAUUUUAAAUAAUAUUUUUGAUGAUACCUCAAAGCCAGAUUUCCUUGGUAAAUUAAGUUUUUCCGAUAUAGUUUUUGGAACUACUACACCAGAAAUAGGUAUUGUAAAAUUAGUAACUCCAGAAAAUUCAGCAUUUAGUAUUUUAGAAUUUGAUCUUAUUUAUUCAGGUGAUGCUUCAGUAACAGCUACAGCAGAUCUUUGGUUAAAUUGGCCACAAAAACAUAUUGCAUGUUUACCAGUCAAAACCAAAUUAUCAUUAAAACAUUUUUCAGGAAAAUUUGUUUUAUAUAUUCCAAAUACACCAAACCCAACAUGUGCACUUUAUUUAAAGAACUCACCACAAAUUUCACUUAGAAUGAUAACAAAGAUGGGUCAUGAAACUGUAUUAAAAGAACCAGGAAAAAUUGGUCAAUUUAUUCAAACUCAAAUUAUUAAACAGGUUAAUCAAAGAUUGGUUUCCCCAAACUUUAUUUCAUUUAAUUUAUUACAGUUUUUAUAUAAUACACCAUUAAAAGUUAAUCAUAAUAUCCAUCAAAUUACACCACCACCAGUUAUUUCACCAACAACCAAUCCAAAUUCAAAUGUAAAUAAAACAUCAACAAACACAAACACAUCGCCAUCAUCAAACAAUAGCAGCACUAAUAAUGGUAAUAGUAAUUCAUCACCUUUAUUAAAUUCAACAAAUGGUGGCUCACCACCAUUACAAUCCUCAUUAAAAUCUAAAGAUUCAUCAGUAAAGAAAAGAACAUCUUCAUCAAAAGGUGUCACCUAUUCAUUACCAAUUAGUCCAAACACUAGCAAAUAA